CCAGACAAAUUAGAGUCACGAUGACCACUUACUUCUGCCUCCUAGUCUCUGUCUUGGUCUGCAAGAACUAUGCAGAGAUGACCUGUCAAAGUGUCCAGCAGAAGACCAACGUCACGCUGAGUUGUGGCCACUCUGAAGGUGAUGUAACAUGGAGCAGAGAUCAAGAUGGAGGGAAAGUUAACAUUUCUGACCCAGGCAAACGUUUUAGUUCAGGUUUAGGGUCACUGACUAUUUUGAGAGUGAUUUCCUCAGACAGUGGGGUGUACUACUGCAACGAUGAACCUGUGGUGAAUCUGACAGUGACACCAGAUGUCCCCAUGACCCCUCACACCAUUAAGAACCCAACCACAAGAGUUAAGAACACAGUGACAACGAGGACAGUGUCAGUGGCUGAAGCGAAGAAGUUUAACAUCAAUGAUGAGAAGAAACAUAACAAGAAGAAUAAAAAGAAAAAUAAGAAGGAUGGAAAGAAAAAAGAAGACAAGAAGGGAAAGAAAGAGAAGAAGGAUGACAAGACAGAGGAAGAAGAUGACGACAACGACGAUGAUGAUAAAGAUGGUGAAGAUGUCACCAUGACCCCUCACACCACUAAGAACCCAACCACAAGAGUUAAGAACAAAGAUGUCACCACGACCCCUCACACCACUAAGAACCCAACCACAAGAGUUAAGAAUACAGUGACAACGUGGACAGUGUCAGUGGCUAAAGAGAGUGAAGCCACAAAGAAGGAUGAGAAUAAAGAUACGAAGAGUGAGAAGAACAAGAGUCUUUGGCAACUGCCUCUGGGUGUGGCUGCCGGAGGACUGGUUCUGGUUCUGGUUCUGUUGCUGGUGGGGUUCCUCAUUAGAAGAUGCUGGGCUCGGAAAUCAGAGGGUGACAGAGACAGACCGCCAGCUGUCUAUGCAGAAAUAACAGAUAUGACGCAACAACCAAAGGAUGGAUCUUGUUCUCCAAGAUCUAAAGAACAUUCUGUCUACUAUCUGGCUGGUGCACCAGGCACACAGGAAGAAGUUCAUGGAAUGAACCCCAUAUAUCACACAAUCCAGGACCCUAACAUUACAACAAAUCUCAGCAAUGCGGAAAACCCUGACUUCUUGGCCCAGAAUCCAGAGGUUCCCUAGAUCUUCUCUUCUGUUCUCUAUCAUCUACAGUGUUUAAUGAUCCAUUUGGUGUAUUAAUUACAUACGUAAUCCUAAUUUUCUCAUUCAAAUAUUUAUAGUUCUUUAACCUGAUCAGUAUAAUAUGUAAAUCAUGCUGAUGUACAUUGGAGACUGCAUUAUACCAUAUAUUGUUUCAUACAAAAGAUUUUUUUUUGUUGAAACUGGAUUUGUUUAUGCCUGUACAACACAAAUAUGCUAAUCUUGCACUGAAUCAAGCUAGUUUACACUUUUGUGUGUCUUCCGUGGCUUCUGAACUGGUGAAAGUAACUUAAUGCAGUCAGAGAAGAUUAGAGGGCUGAGGAAAUGUGUUCAGUAUGAGAUUAUUUGCUACAUAGUCCACAGUCUUUCCGUUUUCUUUAUGUAGCAAUUAUCCAUACAAGUUAAUCAAAAGAAAACUAGGUUAUUCACAUUGACAGCUGAAUCUUUGGCAUGUAAAAUCAAUUCAAUUACAGCAGUGUCCCUUCGUGAGUAAAUCCUCAUGAUCACAAUUGUGGCAAAAAAAAAAGGUUUGCAGCGUAAUCAGACAUGACAUUUUAUGAAUUAACUGAAAUUUGUAACAAUAACAAGAAAUGCACCAGCAGAGAUAAUAGAAGUAUUAUUCUAUUCUGUUGUUACCCCAACCCUGUAAGAAAUCAAUAUGUACUUAAAGAAUUAAGUGUGGAAGAUAUUAAGAGAAUACAUGUACAAAUUCAAAUAAUUUCCCAUUCUGAGGUUAAAGUAGUAAGAUUCAAUUUUCUUUUCAAAUUUUUUUUUUUCUAGAUUUAUCCGUCAAACAAAAUGUUAAGAUCUAGAUUCAAUGUUGAUAUGAAUAACUGUAUAUUUUGUAAAACAGAUAUAUGUAUUUUUUAAAUCAUAUUUUCUUUCAUUGUGAGUUGGUGCAACCUAUUUGGAUAUAUGUGCGGAGAUGGCUACAGUCCAGGGAAUUCGAACUUAUACAUCUGAAAGUGAAAAUAUUAAAGUUAAUUUUUUCUUUGAAAAUAA